GCACUUGCGGGCGGCCUGGGCGGACUCGGUUUGAAUGAAAUCCGGCUGAUUCACGGCGGCCUGGGCGGGGGCGGCGCGGCCGGAGCGGGGCCCGCGCGCAGGAAAGAGACUUACAGACUUCAUUAUUAUAACCAAAAGGUGGGAGUUGCUGCUGAGUUUCUUCUGGGAUCACCUCUAGCUGCGUGCCAGAAAUAUGGAUAGACUUCUGCGACUUGGAGGAGGUAUGCCUGGGCUGGGACAGGGGCCACCUACAGAUGCUCCUGCAGUUGAUACAGCAGAGCAGGUUUAUAUCUCUUCUCUUGCACUGCUGAAGAUGUUGAAACAUGGUCGUGCUGGUGUCCCUAUGGAAGUUAUGGGUCUGAUGCUCGGGGAGUUUGUUGAUGAUUACACUGUGAGAGUGAUUGAUGUUUUUGCUAUGCCACAGUCUGGGACGGGUGUCAGCGUAGAGGCAGUUGAUCCUGUAUUUCAAGCCAAAAUGUUGGACAUGCUGAAACAGACAGGAAGACCUGAGAUGGUGGUUGGUUGGUAUCAUAGUCACCCUGGCUUUGGCUGUUGGUUGUCUGGUGUAGAUAUCAAUACUCAGCAGAGUUUUGAAGCCUUAUCGGAAAGAGCUGUGGCUGUGGUGGUGGAUCCCAUUCAGAGUGUAAAAGGAAAGGUUGUUAUUGAUGCCUUCAGAUUGAUCAAUGCUAAUAUGAUGGUCUUGGGACAUGAACCAAGACAAACAACUUCAAAUCUGGGUCAUUUAAACAAGCCAUCUAUUCAGGCACUAAUUCAUGGACUAAACAGACAUUACUAUUCCAUCACUAUCAACUACAGGAAGAAUGAACUAGAACAGAAGGACAGAAUUGCACUCUCAAGACCUCAGUGUUCCUCAGGAAGGUUUGCUAAUCUGUAUGUGAGAACUGAUUCAACAAAACAGCUACCUCAGAUGUUGCUAAACUUGCAUAAGAAGAGUUGGAUGGAAGGUUUGACACUUCAGGACUACAGUGAACAUUGCAAACUCAAUGAAACAGUAGUGAAAGAGAUGUUGGAAUUAGCGAAGAAUUAUAACAAGGCUGUUGAAGAAGAAGAUAAGAUGACACCUGAACAGCUGGCAAUAAAAAAUGUUGGCAAGCAGGACCCCAAACGUCAUUUAGAAGAGCAUGUGGAUGUGCUGAUGACCUCAAACAUUGUCCAGUGUUUAGCUGCUAUGUUGGAUACAGUUGUAUUUAAAUAACCAAUUUACUGUUUGUGAUGUUUUCUGUGUAUAUUUGUUUAUUGUUUUGAGUACUCACAAACCAGAGAUUGUUGAGGCUAUAUUUGAUUAAGCAGAGACAUCUGACUUCAUUUGCAGUGUAAGUGCAGCACAGUAACACCUUCAAUUUCUAAUUGUGCUGUUGCUUCAGUUUCUUUAUGUCAGGGUCUUUACAGAUUCCAAAGCAAUUCGAGAAUACAUUGUGGGCAAAAUUACAUUUUCAUUUAAUAUGGGGCAGGGGGAGGGGGAAAACAGUAGUACAUAUACAUUUUGAUUGUUGCAACAUAAUAAAAAUGCAUUUACAAACCUG